AUGGAGGAAUCACAGAAUGAUGGGAACAAUGAUAAUCUAGACGAGGGAGCAGGAAAACAUUUUUUUUUUCCCAAUACAGGAGCUAGUAAAUUUUAUACAGAAGAGGAUACCGAUAAAAGACAGGUAGAAAAAGUUACAGAAUCGAGACAUUUCUAUGUUGAGGAGGAGACAACUGUGAAAACGGAAUUUGUGCCGGAAGUUGUGACAGAAACAAGUGUUACAUUUGAAACAUCCACUGUGUCAUCAACAACAGCAGAGUUAGUGACAUCAGUGCCCGAAACAACAUCUGAGACAUCCACUCUAUCAUCGACAACAGCAGAAUCAGUGACAUCAGUGCCUGAUACAACUACUAUAACUGAAGGACCAGCUGUUUUAGAAAAAACCACGGUAUCAGUUGCUGAAGCAAAUACAGAUGAUGGUGACUUGAAUGAGGACACCAUUAAGAAGACCUUGGUUCCAUCUGAUCAAUUUGCAGAAAUGGAAGGCAAGUACUAUUUACUACAUGUAAUACUGCCCUCAUGUAAUCUACUCAGCUGUAAUGUUUGCCUACUAAAGCAACACUACUUAGCUCUCAUUCACAUUACACACGUCCAUCCAGUUAGUUUGGUUCUACUGAAAGGAUGA